GGCAGGCGCGGAGGAGGUGGUGGCCGGGGAAGCCAGGGUGCCGCAGGCCGGAUGGACGUCGAGUGAGAUGUCAGGCAGUCGAUGGUUAUUUUGUGAAGGCCGUGCUUGGUCGGUGUGGGUGGUGGAGUGCUCGCUCACGGACGGUCUGCUGAUGCGCCACACUCAGCAUUUUACAGGUCUAUGGACGGUCCUUUCCGCGUAUUAUGCUCAUCUGCAGUUGUAUUAUUGGUGUCUCGUCUGUUCUUGCUCUGUUACUUGAAUCAAGCUCUCUGCUCCGCCUCUCGACCGAAUUGCUGUCAGCGUUUGGAAGCUGUACGCACGGUCUUGUUCGAUGUGGAGUCCAUCUCACCGUGCUUGAUAUGCUUUGUAAAAGUUGGUAGAGCCUCUGGUUGACUUCGAUGCAACGAUGGUUGGGUCACCGCCUCUCGCUUAGCAUAUUAAAGGCGUUCGGAACGGUUGAGACUAAAUAUUUCUCAAGCAGAACUUAGG